GGUCGUCUAGAAACACAAGCCUGCUGCCAUUUGAAAACAAGCGAGGACGAGGAGGAGGACGAGCGACUACGAGUUCUCUGCAGCCCACAGCAGACAUGACUACUGAGCUCUCCUCACAGUCUGCCCGAAGUUCAGCCCUGUGCUCUGAGGACUACAGUCUGUACAGCAACUUCAGUGAAGAUGAACUCAUCCAGAUGGCCAUCGAACAGAGCCUGAGUGAGGCGACACAACAGACAUCUACUCAGGGUCUUCAAAAGCCAUCCGAGGUGACCGUUGGAGCAAAGAAUCUGCUGGCCACAAAGGUCAACAAAGCUGGGGAGAGCAGACCUGGUGCAUCAAACAUGGCCGGUGCCAGGACUCAGACCUGCUCAUCCAUGCAGCCUCUGGCCAAGAGGCGGUACCAGCCGAGACCCGGAGACACCAGCUCCAAGUUCACGUCGGGCAACGGGACGCGAUGCAUAGCCUGGACGAGAUACGAUGGCAGCGUGUACAUCGUCCCGGAACACGAAGAGCCAUCCCCUAUCGUUGAGGCCAUUAUGAACGGAAAUGAUGAGUUACUGAGGAGCAAACUAAAGUCGGGCGAGAAUCUGCUGGAAAAGAAUGAAGACGGCUGGAUCCCACUUCACGAAUGCGCAUAUUAUGGACAACUGAAGUGCCUGAAACUUCUGAUUAAAGCUUACCCCGGGACAAUUGAUGUGCGAACAAUGAACGAGGAAACAGCUCUGUACUUGGCCACGAACAGAAACCACGUGGACUGUGUUCAGCUUCUCUUGGAGUCUGGAGCCGAACCGGACAUCGCAAAUAAAGCAAGAGUCACCCCGAUUUACAAAGCUUGUGAACGCCAGAAUGCUGAAAUCCUGAAAAUGCUGGUGAAGUACAAUGGAGACGUGAAUCACCGCUGUAAUCAGGGCUGGACAGCUCUUCAUGAGGCAGUCUCCAGAAACGAUCUUGAAAUAAUCGAGAUUCUUGUGCAAGCUGGGGCCAAGAUUUCAGUAUCAAAUAUCUACGGAAUAAGCCCCUUGUUCGUUGCAGCCCAGAGUGGACAGCUGGACGCACUGAAGUUCUUGAUAGGCCACGGCGCUGACGUCAAUAGCCAGGCAAGCGACAAAGCUACAGCGUUGUAUGAAGCGUGCAAAAAUGGCCAUGCACAUAUUGUGGAAUAUCUUCUUUCUGAGAAUGCAGAUGCUAACAUACCUGGCAAGAAUGGACUGCUCCCAAUCCACAUAGCGGCACAGUGUGGGCAUAAGGAGACUGUGUGCUUGCUGAUUCCAGUUACCAGCCGGGCGCGGAUCAGACGGAGCGGAAUCAGCCCGUUACAUCUAGCUGCUGAGCGAAAUCGGGAUGAGACCCUGGAGGAGCUCAUAGAGGCCGGCUAUGACGUCAACUCGACCCUUUCAUACGAGCGAUCUCGGAUGUACGAGGACCGACGCAGCACUCCGUUAUAUUUUGCUGUCAGCAACAACAACAUCUAUGCCACUGAGCUGCUUCUGAAAGCUGGUGCCCAUCCCAACGUGGACCUUAUCAACCCUUUGCUGGUCGCCAUUCGCCAAGGUUGUAUAAAAUCCAUGAAACUCCUCUUGGCGCAUGGGGCUAACAUCAACGCCUAUAUUGCAGCGGUCCCAUCGACAUUUCCAGCCACCAUAAUGUUUUCCAUGCAGUACCUGAGCUUACUCAAGUUCCUCUUGGACCAGGGCUGUGAUGCCCUCUCUUGUUUUACAUGUGAAUACGGAAGUGGAGAGCAUCCUCCAUUGCAGGACAUUUCUCCGAGAGAAGACUUUCCCCAAAGGAAUACAAAACCCAAGUUUGUGCAGUUCUGUGAAAUGGUUUCCACACCUAAGAUAACUCGCUGGGCUGGGCCGAUCAUCGAUCUGCUCCUCGACUACGUGGGAAACGUUCAGCUCUGCUCCAGACUUACAGAGCACUUGGAUAGCUACGAGGACUGGGCCGUGAUCAAGGAGAAGUCAAAACCUCCAAGAAGCCUUCUGCACCUCUGUCGAAUAAAGAUUCGCGAGACGCUAGGAAACGAGCGCUUGAAACGUCUCAACCGCCUGCAGAUUCCUUCAAGACUGAUCCGGUACUUGGAGUAUAACUACAGUAACGACUGCUAAGGUCGCCGCUUUGACCAGGAUGUGGCCCACUUGAGGGGUUUCUCUUUCCAAAUAUGAUAUAAAAGGAUGGCAGGAAAUGGUCGGCUUUCUUCAGGUGGAAGAUUUAUGCACGAGUCAUCAAGUCAGAUGUCCUCUUCAUUUCGGAUUCUCUAAGCCUGAGACAGAAAUCGCGCAUCCCCUCGUGGGACGACAUGGGCUGGGACAUGUGAAGUGCCACAAUCUGGUCACGCCGGCCCUCUGAGUCCUGGCGUAUAUCGCAGCAGUGACCUGAGCAGUGUCAUGUGACAUGCCGGUCAUGUCUGAUAGUACAACUCUCGCUGGUGAGCCUGUGAGGGCUUACACGACGUCUACUCUGGAGAGGUGGGCUUGUCGUCUGCAAUCGAAGAUCUGUGCUUCAGGACAUCAGCCCAUCAUCCCUGUAUGUCUUGGGUCUUCUGUGUGAAGUGUUUGCUGCACCUCAGUUCUUGUGCAUUUGGGUAAAUUAUUUAGGAUUUGUGAGUCACUGGGAGUCACGCCAUUUUGAGCGUGAGAGUUCUUCGUCAAUAUAUGGCAUGGCCUGGAGGUCAGCCUCACCCCUUUACGGGAGCUCAGACCCCAAACUUCACCAAGAAGGGCCUUUCUGUCUGCACGAUUCUCGAUCCUACCGUCCACUUCAGUAACGUAAUUGACAAUGCCACAAUCAAAAUUGGAGUAUAAAUUGUGAGACAUGUGGCCACUAGGGGGUAUCACGGAGCCCCAGGCACAACUUGGCAACACGCAGUCCCGGGUUCAAAUCAAGUGCAUUAAUUAAUAAAUGCACAGCCCAGCCCAACAAUACAGUGCCUUCCUUGUCUCUUCCCUAUUGUCCAGCUCCUCUCCCGACUCCUUUAAUGGUGGACCCAGGAAGACCCCCGGUGUGACUGCAUUACAGUUAGGAAGCACUUCUGGGUCAGGGAGACCUUCCUAUUGGGAAUACAAUCCUUCAGGGGCCACCCAAGUACCUCAGCAGGAUUACAGCUCCCAUGUUGGCCCCUGGGUGUACCAGGAGGAAUGCAUGGCCCCGAGAGGCAGUGGUCUCCCUCUGUCCUUCCACUAUCAAGAUCUCCUGGCCAGGAAAGGCACCAGUAACCACACUGGCCAGCUGGGCGAGGAACCACGGAUGUUGUCCGGGACCCCAGCACAUCUGUGUUUUCAGAGACAAACAAUACAAACAAGAAUGAGCAGGGGUUGAGUGCCAUUUGAGAAGUGGCACAAAAAGUGCCCCCUUUUAGUAUGCAGGUAUUUGCCAGACUGGCAGAGCCUUUGAAGAUAACUCCACAGCUUUCCUUUAGUCGCUGAUGUUUCCUUUGGACACCUACUUUAAGCAGCUGAAGCCCACCCACCUGGUGGCACUGCCACAGUAGAAGACCUUGGGCUGGACUCUGUGCCACUUGGUGGGUUUCUGCUAAAGAAAUCCCAUACUGCAACACACCAUAGAAAUGGAGGUUCACCAGCACACGACUGUAAAGGUGGGCUAAGCGGAUCCUGCAGGCCUGAAUGGUCAAAUAGGGGCUGACGACCCCCACUGGGGCUCUUUGAAUGGAGUCUGUGCAGCUCGCCUCUGAAAAAAACAACAAGGAAAAUGCAAAGUGCCCCCCAACAAAUGCACCGGUGUGUGUGUCACAACAAAACUGGAGGCCAAUGUCCUCUGGGAAACGGCUUUCGUAGUGUGGACAGUCAAAUUCAGCAUGGCGCUUUAUUCUCUACGACAGGAUUAGUGCAGUGAAGCUAAAAUAUGGACGGCAUGAAGAGAUUUGAUCAGGGGGGAAACGGAACAAGAAGGCCCCUGAUUGGUAAAAGAAGAACAUUAGGAGUGACGGCCAUCAUGCUUUCUGGAACCGUUGUUUAAGGCCUAAGCUGAGCAAAGUUUUAUAACUGCUGAUUUGUCACAUUUUGUGUUUCAUAAUUUUUUAAUAAAAGAUGGAAAUAUU